CAGGUUCUCGUUCCCGCGCAAGUUCAAGCACAGGAUUGAUGAUGGCGAAGAAGCGGAAACGCGCGAAUGCGACGGGUGUCAUCGCUGCAUGGGAGACCUUCUGGGACGCCAUGGAAGACGUGGCAGCGGAAGCGCCUGACACGGAUCACCGCAUCUCUAUCUUCAAGGCAGAGACGCGAGAGGACGACUUUAUCGCCGUGGAACGCGCGCUAAGUCUGCAGCCGCCGGACGCCACCCUCCGCGAUUUGGAGAUGUUGCUUGCCGACCCGUUGGAGCUUCAAAGCAUGCUCACGUCGUUCUCGGAGAAAGAUAGCUUCAUGCGUAUCUUGCUACGCCACGAAAGCAUCCAAACGCCGUUGCUGAAUCUCUUGUUGGAGCACUUGAGUGAGUUUGCCCAAAAGGCGGUCGACGAAACGGGCACCAUCGUAGGGGGGUUGAUGCCUUCUUCUGGCAUAUGCAGUCUCAUCCUGCGCCACAUUCGGUGGAUGGAGUGCGUGUACGAGCCGUCUGCGUUGACCGAGCACCUGUUGACGACAUUGAACACGUACCCCAUGUUCCUUCAGAAAGACAUCCUGCACAUCCUCCCCGAGCUCGUGGCCGACAACGACUUUCAACUGGCAGUCGACACGUUGCUCGAAACGAUCAGCAGCGAGAACGAGCUGGUCGUACCUGCGAUUGAAGCGCUGUCGAACUUUAACAUGCCCGUGGAUAUCUCGGACGACGUCACGCGGUGCAUCCUCGGUCGGUUGACGUCGUCGAGUCUGCAAGACAUGCCUGGCCUCGUGCGGUUCCUCGUCCAGACCGCUACUGACGCCAACGCCGUCGAGACACUCGACGCCAUCCGCGACAAGGUUAGCGAGUGCAUCCUCCAGACCGCCGCCGCGUCCAACGACGAAGCGUUCCUGCUCCAGCAAUUCGUGCACGGCUUGGGGUUUCGCAGCGAUCUGCUCGCAUGCUUCUUUAAGCUCGUGGCCACUUCAACUGCAGCCUCUCUUCUGGACGUGUGGACGCUGGUGGGGCUACAUUCGUCCCAGUCUGGCCCGGGAAAGGUCAAGGCCGCCGCAGUUUUCGUCAAGAACGCCGCGAAUGGGGUGUUCACCAAGGAAGUGCUGCAUGGGGCCCUGGCGGCGCAUCUGGGAGGUCUGACGCCGUACUUGAACUCGGUGGUACAUCUCGCGGGCGCGGCACUCCAAGCGCCAGACGCGGUUGCCAUGGGCCAGUUUAUGUUGACGAUUGUAUUCAACCAACUCGCCACUGCACGGGAUGAUCACGUGUACGAGUACCAGAUACAAAUUGUGUCGGACUUGGUGGAUUUUGCCAUGUCUAGCGGGGGUGAGUCGACGGUGGAUGGCGCGCUGGACACGUUGCUGGCAUUAUCUAGCCACGAGCAGCAUAGUUUGGACAAGUUCUUGUCGUUGCUCAAGCACUUGCUUGAUUGCAUCGAACGUUUCAGCGUAGAUCAGUGCCGCCGCGUGUAUCAGCUGCUGUUUGGCGUGGGUGGGAGCACCGACCCCGACUUGUGCAUCACAGUACGCAAGCAGCUGUACCACCAAGACAAUCUGUACCGAACCCGCGGGAUGCUCGGGUACAUUUGCUGCCUCGAAGCCGACCUGUACGACGAGAACAAUAUCAUCAACAAUAUGGACGGAUUGGAUGAAAGCGAAGGUGGUAAUCCCGACCAGCUUGAAAAGAGAAUGCGCGACCGACUCGAUAUACUGCGAGACGCGUGUCGGAAGCAAGCCAACGCCCUGUCGUUCAUGUAUGCUGAACUGAACCACUUGGUGCAUCGGAUGGGAAGACGAGGGCAUCGUACCAGUCAAAUGCUGGCGAUUUUGGAUGAAAAGUACUCGGAUGUGCUCAUGCAAGAGUUCUUGCCCGGGUUUGACGCCCGAGGCCAUCAACAAGGCGCGUACAAACGACCUGUGUUUAACGACACGUUCCGAUGCGACCAGUGGGCCAUCACGCGCUUGAACUCCCCAGUGUACCUCGACUUGAUGACGUUGGUCGCAUGCCAAGACACGAUGGAGAGGCCGUUGUACCUGUCAAGCUUGCUAAACCUGGUCGUGUCGUGUUAUAAGCGCUCCGAUACGCUUGAAAACAUUGGGACAGUGCUCAUCUGUCCGAUAUUACUCAUGGAGAAAAGCGCGAUUCCAGAGCUGGGGGACAUGCCCACAGACGCACAAGAUGGCGUGUUUCUAGCGUUAUGGCACGCUGUGAAUUGGUGUCGGGACCUAAUAAACUGCUUUAGCUCGGACGCAGCGUUGGCUAGCAAGGUGCUAACGCGUCUCGAGAACGCCGUCGAGUUUGAAUCCAUCUUGUACGACGCGAUUGCCAACUGUCCCACCAGUGUAUGGCUACCUCCAGGCUCCGACAUGUCGACCAAUCAACUCAAAAAACCAUCGUUCAAACCACCACAACUCAAUAAUAAAAAAGUCAAAGCCGCCGUGGCGCCCAUCGGUCCCCGCCUCCACGCGAUUCGCGCCUCGUUUACCCGUGUACAUCCUCAGGUGAUUGGUAUUUUACCCACAAGCAAAGACAGCAUCGACCCCCCAUCGCUGCUGUUUCUGGUCGACCAGUUUCUGUCUAUGCUGCGGACGUCGCUAGCCAAGAGCUGCACAAUCACCCCCGCCACCCAAUUGAAAGCCCCCAGAUCGAAGCUCGUGCACUCGGGCGUAUACGCACCUGGCUUUGCCGUGUUUGACGAGCACCUCAAGUUCCACCUCCUAAAUGUGGCCAAUAACGUGCGGUGGGUGCUCCACGCGCCCCAACUGCCACGUCACUCGACGCUCUACGAACUCGUGACCAAGUACUUUGAAUGUAUCGUCGUGAUAGCCAAAGCCCAGAGUUUGUUUGAGCAGCAGAAACAAACGCUGAUGCAACUUGUGGCCCUCCAGCAGCUCAUUUUACCCGUGGAACAGCACCACGUACCAAUGGAAGACGUCCGCCAAUCUGCGACGGCCCUCUCGGCCAUGUCGGAUGCGUUGGUUCACAUGCAGUCGACAUUGACUUGCUUGGACAUAACCUUGGCGGGGCACGUUUUGACGGCGUUGGUGGCGCUGGAGCGAUUGAAAAUCCGGUGGAAUGACUUGCAUGUGAAAGCUCUGCUGUUUUCCGCACCUCGAGACCCGGCACCACCCGUGGCGGCGCUGGCACUGUCGUACCUCCGCCGCGACUGGGCACAUGAUCAGCCAUCGACCGACCCGUCGAAAUUGAAAUCGGCCGAUUUGGCCACGUUUCUGGACGCAUACUUUGAGUUUUCACCGCAUCCGCUCGACAGCGUCCAAGACGUGGCGUGCUGUGGUGUUGUCAACCUCCUUGAAACGUUUAGCUCUACAACUGCCAACGAAUUCUACCCCACCCUCACCAAGAAAACAAUUGGUGUGUACGUGCGUGCUUGCUUUGAGACGGUCGUGCGCGGGACUGCGCGCCUGGACGUAGCCCCACAAGGCGGGAAUAACCCUGUUCAUGUACUGCACUAUUUGCACCAAGCUGCGCUCUUGUUUAAGCUGCUCGUGGGGCUCACUCGCUCGUUUCAAACCGGCAUGGUCGUGGCAUCGGUGCUUAAACACAGCAGCGGGUUCCUCCACAACGUGCUGCGAGCCAUGCCGUUCUUUGAGUCGCACUUUGUGGGCCAUUCCAAGCGCAUUUUGGGCAUUCUCAAACAUGUCCAAGGCGGCACCCGCCGCCUGCAGAUGCUCUGUGCACAUGGCAAGUCGAUCCAGGACGCGUCGGCGGCCGCGCACGUGCCCAAGCUGAAGAAGCUGCUCGAGCGCCUCAUCUACGAAACUGGAAAACUCGCGCGGGAACACAACUUGAUGGACGCGUUUUCUACCGGCAUUUUGAAGCAGCGCAACUUGGAUGGGUCGGCCGCGCCACCCGAGGCGGCGAGUUCCGACGAGUCUGUCAGCACCGAACAAGAUGAAGAAGACUAACAUACAUUUGCGCGAUGCGUGAAGUCACUGUGGCGCCCAAUGUCGCCAAGUUUAGUACGGCAAUAUAGUAGUUACCUAUAUACUAGUACUGUAUACUAGUGGAUUCGGUACAAAUUUCCAGACUCUCACUGGUCGAACCACGAAUCGACGCUAUUAAUAGUAUUGGCUAAUCCAAGUUUGAGUGGAUCUGAUUGGCUC